AGAACAGAGCAGCGCUUUGUCCCCAGGGAAAGAAGCUAUUUCAGACUUAACUAAGGAAUCAUCUAACAUGUUUCAACAAUCCUUUCUGUUUCUCUGUUUGUUUUAAAGAUAUCGCUCUGAUUUUGUUUCAUUUGCAGCUGGAGACUAAAUGACACCAAGCAGAAUCUGCUGUUAGGUUAGAUUACAAGGAUACUUUGAGGCGCACAAAAUUAUGCAGACUACACCAUUAGUCUAUUAUUUCCUGCUUGCCUCUCUGUGCAUUGAUUUUUCUCAAAAUGAAAUGAGUGCCCAUCUGAGGAGGCAGAGGAGGAGAAUGCGCAACAGAGGAUUGAGAACGAAUUCCUCAGCAGGACACAGGUCCCCACGACAGCAGAGGAUUAGGCCUCCAGAUCCUGUGGCUGCAGUACCCAGCAUACCUCUUAUUAACAUUGAUGAUGGUGUUAUGGGAGUAUUUGAGUCCUUCAUAGGUUUGGGUGGACAGGAAUCUAGUUACAGCAUCUUACCAGGAAAGAAGGGGCACUGCACAGCUAAUGGGAUGAUUAUGUAUGAUAAAGCAGUCUGGUCUCCCAAACCCUGCAUUACCUGUCUCUGUUCAAAAGGAGAAGUGAUAUGUGAUACAACCAUGUGCCACCCUCUAAAAUGCCCCCACACCAUUAUACCAGCAGGAGAAUGCUGCCCAGUUUGUUCUGAUACUGCCUCCUCUUUGGAUUCAAGUAUUAUUUCACUGGAUGACUUAGGGGAGCUUUCUGGUGACUCUCCAGAACCCAAUGACGUCGAUAACACCAACGUCUUGUCAUCAGCACAUACUCAAACUGAAAAAGAUGAACUGCUUAAAGAUGAACUGCUUGAAGCAGAGAUUAAAGAAAAGAAGCGUCAUAAGAAGGAUGAAAAGAAAAGAAAAAGGAAAGGCAAGAAAAAUCGACAGAAGCAUAAAGCCUACCACAGAGAAAAGAAGCCUAUCACAAAGAACAGAGCUGCAGAAGAAGAAAUCCAAGAUGAAAUUGAUGAAGACGAUGGCCCUUUCGGAAUGCCAUCUCACUUCCCAAUUCCUGUUCCAACCAUAGAACCUCCUCCUUUGCCAUCUGGAUGCUCCACCUCAGACAGCACAGUAAGCUGUAUUAAUGCCAAACUGACACAAAUACCACCAAUUUCAGAUCCAGAUCUAACAAGUCUGGACCUUACAGGAAAUAGCAUCACCACUAUCUCAGAUGAAGCAUUCAAUGGGAUACCUAAUUUGGAAUGGAUUGAUCUGAGUAAAAAUAAUAUUACCUCUCCUGGCAUAGGUCCACAAGCAUUCAAACUCCUGAAAAAGCUAAAACGUUUGUAUUUGGAUGGAAAUAUGCUGGUACAUAUUCCCUCUGGACUGCCAUCAACUUUGGAGGAAAUAAAAAUAAACGACAACCAACUUCAUGCCAUUGAUGAAGAUGGCUUACAAGGUUUAAAGAACUUGGUCACCCUGGAAUUAGAAGGAAACGAACUCAGUGAAGCAAACGUCAGUCCUUUGGCCUUCUACCCUUUGAAAACUCUCUCUUAUUUGCGACUGGGAAGAAAUAAGUUUAGAAUUAUCCCACAGGGUCUUCCUGUCACUCUUGAGGAACUAUACCUGGAAAACAACCAAAUUGAAGAGGUGUCAGAAAUUUGCUUUAACCAUACAAGAAACUUAAAUGUCAUUGUGCUAAAGCAUAACAAGUUAGAAGAGCACAGAAUAGCACCUUUGGCUUGGAUAAACCAAGAGAACUUGGAAUCAAUUGACCUCUCCUUUAAUAAGUUAUAUCACGUCCCCUCCUACCUGCCAAAAUCUUUACUACAUCUAGUACUUAUAGGAAAUCAGAUUGAAAGAAUUCCAGGAUAUGUGUUUGGUCACAUGAAGCCAGGGUUGGAGUACCUCUACCUGUCCUUUAACAAACUUACUGAUGAUGGAAUAGAUCCAGUAUCUUUUUUUGGAGCAUAUCACACUCUGAGAGAGUUGUUUUUGGAUCACAAUGACUUAAAGUCUGUGCCAUUUGGAAUCAAUGAAAUGAGAAAAUUACGUUUCCUAAGACUGAACAAUAAUAAAAUAAGGACAGUCCCUCCGGAACGCAUCUGCAGGCGUCACAUCAAUGAUGAUGAUGUUCAUGACAACAGUGAAGAAGAGGAAAAUGAAGAGUCACACUUGGAACACGUUCACCUUGAAAACAACUACAUCAACACAAGGCAGCUCUCACCACAUGCAUUCUCAUGCAUAAGAUCCUACUGCAGUGUUGUUCUUAAACCACAGAAGACCAAAUAAACACCCAACUUUUGCAUUGUAUCCCCUCCCUCUAGAAACACAGUUUUAUUUAUUCUCUGCUACUAACAGGUCUGUUUAUUUCUGAUCUAAACCCUUCUUACUACUAUGAUUAAGAUAUAGUAGAUGAUAUACUGAAGUAAGGUAGUAGUGCAUUUUUUAAACAUCAUUUCAUUAUAAAAACAUUAAAUGUGAAUUUAUGCUCAA